AAGCCAAGCGGAGCUCCAAAAUAGUAACACCAACAACAACCUUAACUACAAGCUUUAAUAAUAUCGUAACCUCAGCUCAUAAUCUCACCUCGCCUCUAACCCAACUACGCCACCAAUGGACCCGAGACAAUCCCAGCCCCAGCCUCAAUUGCGCCAACCCUCAUCCUCGCAACACCUCCGACCUCCGCCGCACCACCGCCCCUCCGCAGCUCCCUCCCCAUCCUCAUCACAAUCAUCCACGCCUCGACCCCCAGCCGCGCAAAUAACCGCCCAUCCCACCAGUACAAUCUCCGAUAGCGCGAACUUCGUCGGCCCCCACACCGUCUCCAUCGGCAAGGGCACAAUCAUCCACCCGCGCACACGGAUCUGCGCAACCGAAGGCCCCGUGAGAAUCGGCGACGGGUGCAUUAUCGCCGAGAAGACUGUUAUUGGGGCUCUUCCUGGGCCGUCUACUCCUUCUUCCCCGAAACUUGGUGAUGAACAUGGUGAUUCUGCGGAGGGACAGGCUAUUGUGAUUUCGCCGAACGUGACGAUUGGGGCCCAGGUUACGGUUCAGCCUGGGGUGCGACUUCAUUCGGGGGUUGUGGUUGAUAAUCAGGCUGUUGUGGGGAGGGGAGCGGAUGUGGGUGCACAUUCGAAGAUCUGCGCGAGGUGCGAACUUGUUGAUGGGGCGAGGGUGAAAGAGUGGGUUGUUGUUUGGGGUGCUGGGAAGGGGACUGGUGUGAAAAAGAGGGUCAAGACGCAGAAGAAGGUUGUUAGUCCGUUUGGAUUAGGUGGUGGAGAAGGGAAAGGGCAAGAUGGGGUGCUGGAGGGGAGGGUUAUCGAAGAUGCGAGAAUGGUUGCGAUGAAGAGGGAGAGGGAAGCGCUUUCGAGGUUUAUUGUUGGGGUGAAGAGGAAGUGAUGAAGUGCCUUCCAUUAUCCUGCAACUUGACCCUUUCCGGGGUUGGUGUUUCGGAUUUUGCAUUUUUUUUUUCAGUGAGGGAUUGGCGUUUAUAUAUGUUUUCAUCCAAUAUACCCCAGCUAGAGUAUUUGAAGUUGUAUUGCUGUCCGAACGAGAUCCUGCAAACAUGGAUAGUAGACCAACUAGUAAUCCUCAUCCAAGUUCACACUCAG